AUGAUUGAACUUGUCGUUCACUCGGAUGGAGUGUCUUCACCGGACUGGAACGCUGGAGAGGUUCCGCUCCGCGUUGCAUAUCAGGGCGAGCCUGGGGCGUACUCGGAAUCAGCUGCAAUCGAGUACUUUGGGGAAAAUCUCCAGCUGGUGCCCUGUGAGACGUUCGAAAAGGUUUUUGAGCUUGUUGAGAAAGACGGCGCUGAUCGAGCUGUUCUUCCGAUUGAGAACUCAUUGGCCGGAACGAUCCACCGCAACUAUGACUUGUUGCUCCAGCAUCAACUCCAUAUUGUCGGUGAGGUCGACUUUUGCGUGCGACACUACUUGCUGGCACUUGAGGGCGUCGAGUUGAAAGAUGUGCGCGUUGUCCAGAGUCAUCCGAUGGCGCUUGCGCAGUGUGAAAAGUUCCUGUCCGAAAACGGACUUACCCGCGAAGUAGCGCUGGAUACUGCAGGCAGUGCACGUCUCCUGCGCGAUAAGGGCUAUCGGGAUCGUGCGGCUAUCGCAGGGGCUCGUGCCGCGCAAAUCUACGCUCUGAAUAUCUUGCGUGAAGAUAUAGAGGAUGAACCUGAGAACUUCACGCGUUUCCUGAUUCUGGCGCGAACGCCUUGCGCAGCGCCACCGCUUGGGGUACCGGCCAAGACAUCGAUCGCCUUCUCGCUGAUCAACACGCCGGGAGCCCUAUUCAAGGCGCUCUCGGUCUUUGCUCUCCGAGAUAUUGAUCUUACCAAAAUUGAGUCCCGCCAUUUGAGGUCCCUUCGACAUCUGCGUUCCCGGGAGAGCGCGCAGCUCCGUGCAAGUUCGACGAACGGUAGGUCGGAUACGCUUGCGUCCAUUGCCAGCAGGGGAGUAUCGGACAACGCCGACGUGGAGAACGUUCCAGAUCGGCGUCGAUGGGAGUACCUUUUUUACCUGGACAUAUCUGCCAGCCUCGCGGAUACCAAAACGAAUAACGCGCUUAACCACCUCGCAGAGAUUACGACUUUCAUCAGGGUACUGGGGAGUUACCGGCGUCAUUUGGCCGAGUAA